AGCCUCAUGUGUUACGUAUAAUGCAUGGCCGUCACUUAUCUAGUCAAAGGACUUGCUAUGCUAUACAUAAUGCGCCAUCAUGUGUUCCUCGGCGUGCUCAUUUCUCAACUUCGCGGACCGAAUGUGAUCCGGCACCCACGCUACUAGCCAUUCUCAAGGCAUAGCACCUCGUGCAUGCAGACCGUCAGUGUCUGUGCACCUUACUGACGAGCUCAUGCAGGUUGACCAGCGACAACCAUGUCCGCCAAGUUCUCUUCUUCUGAAGUUGCCCUACGCACACGAACGCGGUCGUCCCGAUUGAAAUUUCUCCUCAUACUAUUAUGUUUGCUCGUUUCAGCCUUGACUGUCCUCACCACGAACUACUAUAUAACGACGACCAACAGGACAGAAUCACAACGCCUCCAAUAUGUUCCACUUAACGCGCAGCGGAUUCUUCAACAAUGCGCCGUCUUGAAGGCAUCUCCCGGGCCCGCUGAUGAUUUCCACUCCAGAAGAGUUUCAGACCGAUUUGAACCUGGGACAAAUGCCACACUCAUCAAGAACGCAAAGAUCUGGACAGGACUCAAGAAUGGUACUGAUGUAGUAGAGGCGGAUGUGCUGUUGGAUGGAGGACUUAUCAAGGAAGUUGGACAUAUACCCAUAGACAUCAUGGAGAGUACGGAGAACCUUACCGUGAUAGAGGCUAAUGGAGCAUGGGUGACUCCAGGAAUAGUCGACCUUCAUUCUCAUGCCGGUCUAUUGAGUGCACCCUUCACUAGAGGAACAUUCGACGUGAAUUCGCCCAAUGGUCCUAUUUUACCGUGGCUCAGAAGUAUCGAUGGUUUCAACACGCAUGACGAAGCCUUCGAACUAGCGAUUGCAGGCGGCGUCACUUCAGCUCAAAUCCUUCCUGGAAGCGGCAACCCGAUUGGUGGUCAAGCAUUCAUGGUCAAACUGAGGAAAACUUCAGAGCACUCGCCUACCUCCAUGAUAAUAGAGCCCCCACAUAUGUUGAAUGGGAGUGAGCCCGAUCCAGAUGCUCCCCUACGGUGGCGUCAUUUGAAACAAGCUUGCGGAGAGAACUUGAAGCGUUGGGGUACACGCAUGGACACCAUGUGGUCAUUCCGAUGGGCUUACAAUGAGGCUCGCAAGGUCAAGCUUGCUCAAGAUACGUUUUGCGCCAAAGCAGAAGCUGGUCUUUGGAAUGACAUCCACGGUCAAGAGUUUCCGCAAGAUUUGCAGUGGGAGGCUCUCGUCGAUGUGCUAAGAGGACGUGUUAGAAUCUCAAACCACUGCUACGAAGCCGUGGAUCUGGAUGACAUUGUGCGGCUCUCCAACGAAUUCGGUUUUCACAUUGCCAGUUUCCACCAUGCUUCGGAAGCCUGGCUCGUGCCAGGCGUUCUCAAUCGCACAUUUGGAGGUCCCCCCGCUGUUGCCAUCUUUGCCACUACACACAGGUAUAAACGUGAAUCCUAUCGUGGAUCCGAGUUUGCAUCAAGCGUACUUUCAGAAAAUGGUAUUCCGGUCGUCCUGAAGUCAGACCACCCUGUCUUGAAGAGCAGAUAUCUCUUGUACGAAGCGCAGCAAGCUCAUUACUACGGUUUCGACUCGAAUCUGGCGCUGGCAGCUGUUACAUCUGCACCUGCACAUGCAGCAGGGAUGUCACACCGUAUUGGUCUUCUUCACAAAGGCGCAGACGCAGAUGUCGUCCUGUGGGACUCUCACCCACUUCAGCUCGGUGCUGCCCCUCGCCAGGUGUGGAUCGAUGGUAUUCCUCAGCUGAAGAGUCCCAAUCUCCCCAAACCUGACGGCGGGGGCAAAGAGAGACAGGAUGCACCGGCAGUACCAACGUGGGAUAAGGAGAGAAAAGCUGCCGUUGAGUGGGAAGGGUUGCCACCACUGGGUCCCAAGAAAGUGGUGAAAGGCAAAGUUGUCUUGAAGAAUGUAAGGGAAGUAUGGAUGCGAGAAGAGCACGGCAUCAAAGAACGAUGGGCCGCGAGACCUGGACAAGAGGGUGGUACAGUUGUGUUGGAGAGUGGAGCUGUUUCUUGCGUUGGUCGCAAUGGCUGGUGUUUCACUGGGGAGGAAACCGAUGGCACCGUCAUCGAUUUGCACGGCGGCUCUGUUGGCCCUGGAUUGGUGACGAUGGGAUCACCUCUGGGAAUCGAGGAGCUUGCUUCCGAGCCGUCUACAGGAGACGGUUUCUUAUAUGAUCCAUACUCUGGUGAAGUUCCCAAGAUUCUCAGUGAUACUGCAGGUGUAGUGAGGGCUGCUGAUGCGCUUCAAUUUGGGACCAGGAAUGCGUUGCAUGCAUAUCGUGCAGGUGUCACAUAUGCUGCAUCUUCUCUCGCCAAAUCCACACUCUUCACUGGUCCAACUAGCUUCAUAUCCGGCUUGUCUGUGACAUUCCGCACUGGGGCUGAUCAUGCGUUGGAGCACGGAGCUAUCAUCAACCCUGUCACUGCUCUCCAUGUCACUCUUGGGAGACCAUAUCCAUAUCGUCCUGCCCUCCCUCCAGUCUCCGUGAGUACGCAGAUAGCGACUCUCAGGAGAUUGCUCUUGAAUGCCGAGAAUUCCGACACGGAGACUGGAAGAUGGUUCAAGAAGGCUGCAGGGGGCGCCAUUCCUUUGAUAGUGGAGGUUCAUAAUGCAGACAUGAUGGCGACACUUCUCAAGCUGAAAGCAAAUAUCGAAGAAUCAAGAGGAUCGAGGAUGCAGUUGGUCUUCAGUGGGGCCACAGAAGCAUAUCUGCUCGCCAAACAAAUUGCGCAGGCUCGCGUUCGCGUUUUAAUGACAUCCGCGAGAAGCUUCCCUGAAAGUUGGGAUCAGCGCAGAGCAUUGCCUGGUCCUCCGCUCACAAACGAUACCGCCCUGAGCAUCUUGAUACAAAAUGGUGUUACCGUUGCCCUUGGAGUGACAGAAGCAUAUGAACUGCCUAAUACUCGUUUCGAAGCUGCAUGGGCCGCACUGAGCUCGAAUGGUCGCAUUGACAAACAACAGACAUACGAGCUCAUAACGACGAACGUGGAGAAGGUGCUGGGGAUUGAAGGAUGGUUCGGAGAAGAGGGUGACGUGGUGUUGUACGAUGGUGGUGAUGUGUUUGACCUCUCAAGCAAGGUGGUGGCUGUGGCCUCACCGAGGAAGGGUGUCGUCGAGUUCUUUUGAACUUCUCGAGAGAUAUAUAUAUCGGAGCUGAUCUUGCAGUAUUAGAUGGAUGUUGGACAUUAAUUUAGAUUGUGAGUUAUC